AUGCCACACUCCCACCACAGCCACUCCGGCCAGUUUUGUCCGGGCCACGCUCGCGACUCGCUCGAGUCCAUCGUUCAACACGCCAUUUCUCGACAGAUGACCGUCUUUGCCCUGACCGAACAUAUGCCGCGGCACGACCUGGACCGGUACCCGGAAGAAGUCGGCACAACCCUGGAGCAGCAGCUAGCAAAUGAGGAAGCUUAUAUCAAAGAGGCACACCGACUGCGUGGGAAGUACAAAUCCCAGAUUCAGAUCCCAAUCGGCUUCGAGGCGGAAUGGAUCCGUCCGGAAUCCCAGGAACUGAUCGAGGCUAGCAUCCAGAAGCACCCGUAUGACUUCUUCAUUGGCAGCGUCCACCAUGUCCACACCGUGCCGAUCGAUUACGAUCACGAGGUUUACCGCGGCGCACGCAGCAAAGCCGGCGGCACGGAUGAAAGGCUGUUUGAGGAUUAUUUCGACGCGCAGUACGCGAUGUUGAAGGCUGUCAAACCACCUGUGGUGGGGCAUUUCGACCUCAUUCGGCUGAAGAGCGACGACCCCAACGCGUGUUUUGAGAGCAUGCAGGGCGUGUGGUCGCGGAUCCAGAGGAAUUUGGAUUUGAUUUCCGGCUACGGUGGGAUCUUGGAGAUCAACUCAUCCGCAGUCAGGAAGGGGAUGCAUGAGCCAUAUCCGAAGGCUGAGAUAUGUCAAGCAGCCUUGGCAAGGAAGAUCCGAUUCUGCCUGUCAGAUGACAGCCAUGGCAUCGAUCAGAUUGCACACAGCUAUGGGCAGGUGUUGCAGUUCCUGGACAAGAUGGACAUCCGGUCUGUCACUUUCCUCAAACACUGUGAGUCUCCUGGCGCGACCGAGAAAAAGGGGUCAACAGACGAGCGUUUCCCAAACCUGCAGGUCGAGUGCUUGGACGUGAAGGAAUUGAAAGAGACCGAGUUCCGGCGAUUCAAAAAAACUGCCUGA